AAAAAAAAAAAAAUUUGCUGCAUUGCUUAUUCAGAAUGUUUCGUAUCAAACGUAAGCUUUUUUUCUAAUAAACUAAUUUUCUAACCAAAUCAUAAAACGUGAAAUUUUUUUAAUUUGUGUAAUCGCGAAAGUUUAGUCAUAGUUGAUAGACAUAAUAUUAACCAUGGUUUAUGAGAAAAUAUCGCAAAUUUAUGAACUAAAUUUAUGAAAAGUUUUUCCGAUUAAAUUCUAUUAUUCUGUAUUUAUCUCAUGUCCCAACAUUAAUUCUAAGAAAGCAAAAAAUAAGUUUCGUCAUUAUCUUUCUCAAAGUUAGCGAUCCUAGCUUUUUAACUCAUUGUCGUAGUUUGAUAGUUGUACCCAUCAAUCUCGUCCCCAUUGCUUUAAAAAUCCUGGGCACAAGAUUGUAUCCUGUGAUGAUACACGAGACUCAUGCUGAGGAAGUUAUUGAGCAAAACAUUUAUUUAUGCGGCAAACCUUAGUGUCGUUAACACUGUUGCGCAGAUGAUGAGUAAAUGUUUGCAAUUAAAUUACAUGCUCUAUUGGUCAAAUUAAUUGUUACCUCUUUCUUAUACGUACCUUACAAAAAGAAAAUCAAAAGGUGAUUCUUAAAAUGGCGAUGUUUCAUAUGCUAAACGCUGGUUUUUAUAUGCUUUCCAUCCUUUCGUUAUGUUAUUCAUUCGACUUAAUCGACGACAUGUCGGUAUCUUUAGAAGGACAAAAAGAAGAAGAAAUCUCGUCAAGCCAUAAAACAGACAGUUUGAGUAUGCUAAUCUUGAUUUCUCUUCUCAUCGCAACAGUUCUAGUCAUAUGGUUGUUUAAACUUCGAAAGUUCAGUGUUUUUCAUGAAACUGGAGUUGCCAUGUUGUUUGGUAUCAUUGUUGGAGGAAUCAUUCACUUGUCGGAAGAUCAAGAUGGCGUAGAAAAAGCAGUCGCUAUUGGAAAUUGCGAAAAUUUAACCACAGCGCCAAGAAAUGUUUGGAUGAAAAUCAACGGGACGGAUUAUUCUUAUCUUUUAGGCGGUAUUGUACAACACACAACGAACAAUAGGAACGAAGGAAACGAGCUCGAAGAUAAAUCUUCAUUUAAUCCAGAAAUAUUUUUCUAUGUACUCCUCCCACCUAUCAUAUUCUUCGGAGGUUACAGUCUAAAAAGAAGAUACUUUUUUCGAAAUCUUGGAGCAAUCUGCAUGUAUGCUUUUAUAGGAACAAGUAUCUCAUGUUUAAUCGUAGGGACAUCUACUUACUAUUUCAAUCGACUAACGGGCGUCACAGCAACGUUUGAUUUUACAGAAUGUUUGUUAUUUGGCGCAAUGAUAUCGGCCACAGACCCAGUUACAGUACUAGCAAUUUUCCACGACCUUCAUGUUGAUGUAGAUUUAUAUGCAUUAAUAUUUGGAGAGAGUGUGUUAAAUGACGCAGUUGCAAUUGUCUUGUAUCGUGCGAUAGAGGCAUACUUAGCGUAUAAUCCGUAUGAAGCACGCCAGUUUAACGUUUAUUCUUUCUUAUCAGCGAUGGGAGAUUUUGUGUCAAUAUUUGUUGGCUCGUUGUUCAUUGGCGUUUCAAUGGCUUGUAUAACAGCACUGUUAACAAAGCUAACCAAAAUUGGAAUGUUUCCUAUUUUAGAAACAGCCCUGUUCUUCUUGAUGUCUUACUCAACAUUUUUAGCGGCUGAAGUUGCAAGUUGGUCUGGAAUAGUAGCUGUAUUAUUUUGUGGCAUCGCUCAAAAACAUUAUACGUAUAAAAACUUAACACCUGAAUCCGCAAUACGGACUACUCAAACCUUUGAAUUGUUAAACUUUUUAGCUGAAAACUUUAUCUUCUCCUAUAUAGGGCUUUCAUUUUGUUUAUUUAAUUAUCACCAAUGGAAUUUUGGUUUCAUCGCUGUUGCAUUUGUCGCAACACAAGUAGGAAGAAUGAUGAAUGUAUAUCCAUUAUCAGCGCUACUUAAUUUGGGACGUAUUAGGAAGAUACCAUAUAAACACCAAAACAUGAUGUCAUUUGCAGGUCUUAGAGGCGCCAUUGCGUUUUCUUUAGCUAUUCGGAAUACAGUAUCAGUUCCUCGACAGAUGAUGCUGACAGCUACACUUAUGAUAGUUCUUAUUUCAGUUGUACUUCAAGGAGGCCUUACGCUACCUUUUGCAAAGCUAAUUAGCUUAGAAACUGGCGUUGAUGAAGUUGAAGAAGAGUUCAAAGCAAAAAGACUGAGUCUUAUAGAUCUAAACGAUCCAGGAAAUUCACCUGAAGAUAUGGAAGAAAAAAGAAAAUAUGAAAAAUCUUGGCUGGUCCGCACAUUUAGUUCAUUUGACAACAAAUACUUAAAACCCGUCCUCACUGAUGAAUACAUUGAUUGAUGAACGUGCACUUUAAAAAAAUUUAACUAUGUAUAGAAAAAUAUAGCUAUUAGCAAUGUUAAAAUGAUUUUAUACAAUUAUCGAUAAAAAAAUAGUUACAAGCCAUUCUCUUUAAUUAAAUAAAAGUUUUAUUUCAUAGUAUUGGUCAUUUAUAUCUAUAUAACCAUAAUCGCGUUGUUUGAAAUUCUUUUCACUCAGCCUUUUCAGUUGUCAGCUUUUUUACAAUGAAGCUAAGGGGAUCAGUUGGUCUGUCGAUUGCAAUGCUGGCAGUCAGCGACUAUUAAAUAUAAUAUGC